AUGUCUGCUGAGCAACCCCAGAAGGUCUUGGGCAUGCCGCCCUUCAUGGCCGACUUCUUGAUGGGUGGUGUUUCCGCCGCCGUCUCGAAGACCGCUGCCGCUCCCAUUGAGCGUGUCAAGCUCCUCAUCCAGAACCAGGAUGAGAUGCUUAAGACCGGUCGCCUCGACCGCAAGUACGCUGGUAUCGGUGACUGCUUCAAGCGCACCAUGGCCGAUGAGGGUGUCAUGUCCCUCUGGCGAGGAAACACCGCCAACGUCAUCCGAUACUUCCCUACCCAGGCUCUGAACUUUGCUUUCCGUGACAAGUUCAAGAAGAUGUUCGGUUACAAGAAGGACAAGGAUGGCUACGCUCUCUGGAUGGCUGGUAACCUUGCCUCCGGUGGUGCCGCUGGUGCCACUUCCCUCCUCUUCGUCUACUCUCUGGACUACGCCCGUACCCGUCUUGCCAACGAUGCCAAGAACGCUAAGAAGGGUGGUGACCGUCAGUUCAACGGUCUCGUCGAUGUCUACAAGAAGACCCUCGCCUCUGAUGGUAUUGCCGGUCUCUACCGUGGUUUCAUGCCUUCCGUUGCUGGUAUCGUUGUCUACCGCGGUCUCUACUUCGGAAUGUACGACUCCAUCAAGCCCGUCGUCCUUGUCGGUAACUUGGCCAACAACUUCCUUGCCUCUUUCGCUCUCGGCUGGAUCGUCACCACUGGUGCCGGUAUCGCCUCUUACCCACUUGACACCAUCCGACGACGCAUGAUGAUGACCUCUGGUGAGGCCGUCAAGUACAAGAACACUAUGGAUGCUGCCCGCCAGAUUGUUGCCAAGGAGGGUGUCAAGUCUCUCUUCAAGGGUGCUGGUGCCAACAUUCUCCGUGGUGUUGCCGGUGCUGGUGUCCUCUCCAUCUACGAUCAGCUCCAGGUCCUCCUCUUCGGCAAGGCCUUCAAAUAA